GUGUGCAAUGACGUUAUGAUGCUGUUUGUGGAAUUACGUUUUUACGAUCGGAACUUACAUUACUGCAAAUAUUUGUAUUGUAUAUUAUUAUUCGUAAUUGUAUAUUAUUAUACGUGAUAUAGUGAUUUGUGAGAACUUCGUAUUAAAGUCACUACGGUCGUGUCGUCUGGUUGAAUGCACGAGUCCAACGUUCACGACGUACGACGGUGAAUUUUCCCGCUUCGUUACCUACUCAGAUUUGACAAUCAUUCACGAUGGCUACGCCAACAGUAUUGAAGCGUUCCUCUCGUCUAAAUACUCGUGAUCUGCCUGUAAAAGUUAUUCCUGGCAAAAGACUCAGAUCCAGAAUAGUUACAACUCUCAAUGAAGAUUCGCCGAAAACUAAAGUUUCCUCAAGAACCAAACAGUUAUCUGUAAUAAACGAUAUUUCCCCAGUGAAAUAUAAGUCAGCGAAACCACGCAAAGGUAGUUCUCCUGUAAAAUCAAGUAAAAUGAAAAGUGUUACAAAGGUUAAGAAGUCUUUGGGAGAAAAAAAGCAAGAAGAGAAGAAGAUACCCAAGAGAAGGAAAAACAUAAUCAGCAAUAAUGUAAGUGCUAAUGAACAUGGGAUAUCCAUUAAAGGAAGAAAAGUAACUAAUAAUCCUACGAAGCAACGUCAGAUGUCAUUGGAAGAAUCUUUUAAACGUCAAUCAUUGCCAAAACGCCUACGACCUCGUCGAAAUCAAGUAAAUUAUUGCGACGAUUCGAAAUUACUGCAGCAUCAUCUUCCGUCAAAGCAUCAGGAUAGUGUAGUGGUCUUAGAGAGAGUAGAUUCGGAUGAUAUAAAGAAACUACCUGUAUAUAAAACCACAAAGACAAUCGAACCGUCCUUAGAAGAUAAGAACGAUAUAUAUGACUUCAAGUACGACGUUGAUGAUACGAAAGAAAAAUUAACUAAGAAGAAGAAAAAGAAAAGAAAUAUUAAGAUGAAAAGCAAAAAGACUAAGAGAAAUGUACAUAUGAAAGUCGCAGUGGAAGUGAAAACCGUUGACAACAGAGGUAAAUCUGAUUCUGAUGCAGAUCUUCCUGUAGAGACCGCUCGAUGUAAAUCUCCAUUGGAAUCUGUAGCAGCAUCGAUACCAAUACCACCUCCCAACUUAUCAAAGGAAGAUGUGAUUGAAGUAUCGAGAGUAGAUACCAAUGUUCACAUAGUAGAAGAAACAUCUUUACCUGAUAAACCAUCCGAUAAGCCAUCUGCGGAGCAAAUUGAAAAGCAAGAUGGAGGAUUUGAGAAAGCCGGGAUGCAAGAUGCAAAGAAACCGAGAAUUGUGUCGAUUGAGAAUGCCGAUAAUAUCUCAAUCGUUAAAGCUGUACCUGGCAGUAAUCAAGACAUUUUGCCCUUUCGGCCACCAUCGAAUAUACUUAAUAACAGAUCCCUGGUACAAUACAGAAACACAACAAAUUCUUCAUUCUUGAUAACAUCGUUGUCUCCUAUAUCGAAGGAAUACGACACAUUUGAUGCUGGAAGCCCCUGGCGACCUCCACAAUUACUUGACAUGUUUUCUCGCUCCAAGUACUUCAUCCAAAGCACACCGAAUGUAACUAAAAUGGACACCAUUCCCAAGAAACGUCUAACGCAGAUAAAAGAUGGUUCUUGCAAUGCUGACAAAGUGGCAUUGAACGCAAGUGAUGUGACGUCGAGAAAUGCAAAUUCUUCGGUACAAAAUAUGUCAGAUAAUAAAGUAGGUUACAGGAAGAAUCCGUGCCGAAAGUUCGGCACAGAAAUAACGAAUAUCGAUUAUCCGAGUAACUGUUCGAUGAUUCAGGCCAGUAAUAUAGAAGUUAUCAGCGAAAAACCAGCAGCGGCAGAAGCAAACGCGAUAACGAAUGUUCCGUUGGAUACAAUUGCACAUCCGUCACCAAACCCGCCCUCGUUUGACGAUAUCGACGAUAAGGAGAACGCGGCAGCGAAUUAUCAAACUCCCAAGAAGUCACCGAAGAAGAAACCGAAGAAGCGACACUUUCCUAAUUUUUCCCCGCUCAAGGCGAGUGCUGGGCAAAAUGAAAAUGUGGAUCCGCAACCUGGACCGUCCGGCACGAGAGUUCCAAAGAGUUGCGACGAGCAGAAGGUACUCCGCCAGUCCAAUCUCAACGACUUCCUCAACUUAAUGGAUAUGCCGGAAAACAGCAGGAUAAGUAUGAGACAUGGUAUAUUCGGCGAUGCUCAUUCAUCUCCGGUCAGUGCGAUAAAAAAAUCGACGAAGCCGACGAUAGCAGAGUUGAAGAAUGCGUUUGGUUUUUGCGAAAAUGAAUCCGAGUUUGAUUCAACUCUCACUAAGAGCGUGCAUGCGAUUGAUCAAGUGUCGAACAAAGGAGCGAUCUGUGUCUCAAGCAAGCCUCUUGUAACCCCAAUGCCCGCCAGAUUGCCGCUAAGAGAACUAAGGGGCAACUUAAUACAGAAGAAGCCAAAUGAGAAUGAGAAUCACCAAGAGACAACAAAGCAGAAGAAUGUGGUCGAAGUGAGCAAAUCACCGGAAGUAAAAAAGAACAAUCGACUUGUCGAUGUCGUCAACUUCUCCGACACAUUCGACGUCUUGUCCGAGUCUGAAAGGCUGUCGAGUUGCGAUGUGCCCUUAUUCCUGGAUUUAGAACCUUCGCACUUCACAGAGCCACCUCAGCACUCGUACAAGAGGAAACGUGUUGUAACGUUCAAUUUCUCGGAUGAUGACGGUAAAGAAGAAGAAAACGAAGAAAAAAAUGUCAAAAAAUAUACAAAGAAGAAGAAACUUACAAAGUUGGAAAAGGAGAACAAGAAAAGAUUGGACGAAUGGGUGAAAACUGUUAAUGAUACGUUUCAGGAAAUCGAUGAAUACGAUUUACUAAUUGAAAAUACGAAAAUCAUGCAUUAAUUUUCUAUGAGAUUCAAGCAAAGUUUAAGUGUACAAAUUGAUAAAUGUAUCUUUUCCUUUCAUUUCUUAAACUGUAUUCAGGAUUAUCUAAGAGGCUUCAAUUUCACGCUAUUCUUCUAAUCUUUUUAUAUAAUUUCUCUAUUUAUAUAAGCUUUUGCACUUACAUAUAAAAAUAUGUUAUUUAUAAUAGACUUAUAAACGUUAUUUUAAAGUUAUUACUUUAAGCAUGGUUCGUUUUUCUUUAUAAUUCUGCUAGAAUUUCUUUAUUGUAAAACUUAAUAUUCUAUCUGUCCAACAUCUCAUAUACUUUCAUGUAAUGUAUGCUUUCAUACAGUGCUUUCAUAUGCUUUCAUGUUUCUUGAUUUUUUUAAAGUUAUUUUAAGAAAAUAUACGAUAACAGAAAUGUAUAAAAUUAUUUUGAGUUUUGUGAAAAGGGUUACAUAAUAUAAA